AACAGUUUUCCCGGUCAGGCGCUCUGCCGGACAGCUAUACCCACACUGAGUGUGACGUGUAGGACCUCCUCCUCCAACACACAGCAGCAGUAAUGGCGGACCACGACAGCUACGACGAGCGGGACCGGGCCUACGGUAGCUUCGGCGGCGGCAGAGGGUCCCGUGGAGGCGGCGGUGGCUCCGGAGGCCCCAGGAAGCAGAAGGAACUGCCGACAGAGCCUCCGUUCACGGCAUUCGUGGGAAACCUGCCGUACAACACGGUGCAGGGAGACAUCGACAUCAUCUUCAAAGAGCUCAACAUCCGCAACAUCCGAUUGGUCAGAGACAAAGAGUCAGACAAGUUCAAAGGUUUUUGUUAUGUGGAGUUUGAAGAUUUGGAAUCUCUCAAAGAAGCGUUGACGUACGACGGUGCUCUGCUAGAUACAAGGUACCUGAAGGUCGACAUCGCAGAGGGACGGAAGCAAGAACGAGGAGGCGGAGGACGAGGAGGCUUCGGCUACGGGAAAGACGACGGUAGAGGACGAGGAGGUCCUCGAGGAGCUCCCCGAGGAGGCGGAGGAGGACGCGAGUACCGCGAUGACUACGACCACCAAGGAGGAGGUGGGAGCACAGAGUUCGGCAGUUCAGGCUUUAGAGAUGACGACUAUAUGGGAGGGCGGAGUCGAGGCGGCGGUGGCAGUCGCCCCGGUGAUAGACGGGGUGGAGGUGGAGGUGCAGGAGCAGGUCGUUACAGAGACGGACCCCCCCGCGGAGGGGCCACAGACUUCCGGGAACCAUCUGAAGAGGAGCGUGCAGCGCGGCCCCGCCUGCAGCUGAAGCCUCGGACGGUCUCUGAGCCGCUCAACCAGGUCGCCAACCCGAACUCUGCCAUCUUCGGCGGAGCCAAGCCGCGAGAGGAGGCCUGAUUCAUUUAUCUCAGCAGCCACAUACUCCUGACCAGACGGUGGCGCUAACACGUCGUGUCCCCAACAGAAAAGAAGAAAUUGAAAAGGUUUUUUUUUUUUUUUUCUUUUUGUGCUGUCUUGUCAUUUCAGUUCACGUAGAAGCCGACCGCCACCUUUUUGUAAAAUUGAUUAAAAAGAACAAAACAAGUUUUGAAAGAAUCUGCAAAAGUCCAAACUCUUCUUCGUACAGUGAAUCUCUCAUUUGUGUUUGUGGUUUAAACUGUAAAUCUUUGCUUAAUUUGUGGCACCGUGAAGCUGGUCCAGGUGAAUGUUUUCAGGUCUCUGUGUGGAUCAGGAUCAGGAUCAGGAUCAGGAUCGGGUUCUGUAGAGGAUCAGGCAGAACAGGAUUUGAAGCUUCGGUGUGCGUCGCUUUGAGAACGAACAGUUUUAUUUGCUUUACUGUACUAUAGAAUAAAAACGGCUCUUUUAACUUCUUCCUUCUUUUUUGUUCAUUUUGUUUCCUUCACUGUUUAUGGCAAUAAAACUACCAUCACCUUCAUCUUCAUCA